AUGAUUCAAGGAAUCUUUUACGCGAGGUUCCUUCCUCAAGAAGGAACCAAGAUCGUAGCUCAAUCUCCACCAGGAUGUAUCGUGGCAACAACAUAUACGCCGCACCUCAAGCCGCCCCUGGUCGACUUCGACAUAAUCCAGGAGUACAUCAUUCCGCGGAAAGCUUUCUUCAACCGGUUCAUGACGGUAAACUCACCAGAUAAUAAAUACAGCAUCCUGCUAUUCCCAGUCUCCAUUCCUAAUGAGAGAUACCAUCGUAACGAAUUCAUAUUCAACUUCGGGCUAGUCAUAGAAUCAGAUGUAGACCAUAUCCCAUACGAGAAGCUAGUGAGACGUCUGGCAGUCACAUUCGCCGAGAUGGAGCGCCAACACGGAUAUCUAAGCUCGGAGGGGCGGGUAGACGAUGGUAGACGGCCCAUCGAGAGCUUGCUAGAGAUCGUAAAAGAAGACCUCAACAACUACGGGGAGUGCAUGAUCCCCGUCGACGACGCCAAUACCCUCAAUAUGAAGCUUUUCCCUUACCACCCACCUCCCGCACCUGUCCGCGGCUGGCAUGUGCCCGUGCCCAAGAUGAAACUCGCCGACAUCGUCGACCCUACGUGGGACUUAACCCUACAAAAGAUCAUCCCUCACGUCGAUGGCGUCAACGACGUACGCCGUAUCGCGUGGCUGGCUGAUGUAUCGUUACCGCUCACCCAGAUCGCGCUACAGCACCUUUUAUACUACGACACUAUUCUCCUCUUAGACAUGUUCUUCUUUGGUAGCUGCUACGCGCCGAGGCCCGGCGUGCACGAUUUCAUCGUCAACAGGGACGGUAUCGUCGAUGAGUGCGCCGGGUAUGUAUGCAUUAGCAAUCCCCUUACUGGCAGCACUAGUACUGCCAAUGCGUCUUCUACCACUGUCACGACUGAGGACGGACAUGAUACCGUAACGGAUGCCGAUGUGGGACGGCAACAGCAACAGCAACAGCCGGUAUCCCACUACCAGUUAGUGAAGUUGAUGACCACGUUUUGCGCCGGGCGCAGUGUCAUGGAGUGGAUCAAGCUGCACCAGGAUGCGGGAUUUGACGUUCUUCGACACGUAGACGUGCGGCGGCUAGUUCAAUUCGGGGUGAUCAAGGGGCUAUUGUACCGGGUGCACAAGUAUGUCGUGUCAAAGCAGUGUCUCGAGGCUCUAGCGACAGGGAGGCGUGUAUUAUCAAGAAGCGACGAUGGUGAGGAGGAUACAUUGCUGCGGUACGCUGAUGGCUGCCAUUCCUUCGACCAGAUCAUCACCGAGCAGAACAUGACGGAUGGCGAGAUAAUGAGGAAGCUGAGAAGUCUUGAACCGGGAGAUCGCACCGUGUUCUACCGGUAG